UGUGGAGUCGGGAGACACAGGGAUGAGGGCUCCGGGCUGUGCUGCCUCAGCUGCCCUGCUGGUGAGGGGGAGUGGGUACAGGGGGAGGAGGGCUGGAGAGUGUGGAGUCGGGAGACACAGGGAUGAGGGCUCCGGGCUGUGCUGCCUCAGCUGCCCUGCUGGUGAGGGGGAGUGGGUACAGGGGGAGGAGGGCUGGAGAGUGUGGAGUCGGGAGACACAGGGAUGAGGGCUCCGGGCUGUGCUGCCUCAGCUGCCCUGCUGGUUUCUACAGACAUGCUCCGUGCACAGACCCAGCUGAGAGGCAUCACUGCCAGCAGUGCCAGCCGGGCACCUUCCUGGAGCACAGCAACUACAUGCGGGGCUGUGAGAAGUGUGACUCCUGCGAUAAGAGCUUGUUGCAGGUGGUGGUGAGGGCAUGCACCUCCUCCAGCAGGACGCAGUGUGGCUGCCCAGGAGGAUACUACCAGUCAAGAGACAGCCUCUGCAGACCCUGCACACCGUGCCAGCACAGACCACAACCUCGACCCUCCCUCCUCACUUUGCUGUUUUUUGUGUCUGCUGUAGGUUCUCGUGUUGAUGACACGGUGUGUGGAGACUGUCUCUCUGGGUACCGUGAAGAUGAACAGAAGGUUUGUCUGCCGAGACAGCCUGGGGGUCCCCCCAAUGAAACACAACAAAGAGCCGUGACAGUUGCCUGCCUCGCUCUGGUGCUGUCUCUGCUGGCCGCAGUGGGCUUCCGUUCCUUCAGACACAGGAGGAGGGAGCAGAGCGUCCUGCAUACUGGAGAUCCAGCCGAACACAAGCCAGCCAGCCCCUCCGGCUCUGAGUGUCUGGUGGUUAUCAGCAAUGGCCCUGCUGAGAGUGAGGGCUGUGUGAAUGCCGUUCCCCCCUGUGCUGGCGACAGGAGCGACUGCAGAACCCCCCCACGCACCCUUCACCCCCCCCCCACUGCAGCGCCCCCUCUCUGGUGUGGCAGCAUGCUGUACUGCAUCAUUGACGCUGUUCCCGCGCGUCGCUGGAAGGAGUUUGUGCGUAUGCUGCCGCUGUCAGACGAGGAGAUGGAGCGGGCAGAGCUGGAGGCGGGGCCUGUCUUCCGAGAGCAGCAGUACGCGAUGCUGAAGUGCUGGACACUGAGAGAGGGAGCGGGACUGCACACUGUCUAUAACACACUGCACAGCAUGGACCUGCCUGACUGCACAGAGACCCUGAGAGAGAGACUGGGAGAGAGAGAGAGAGAGGGAGCGGGACUGCACACUCUACUGCACUAUGAUGGCAGUGUGGAGAUCAUGGUGUACACUCUGUCAGAGUAA